CGUGGGUUGCCCUGUCUGGAGAGGCCACGUGGGUCCUUUGCGGAUGAAAAUUUUGUAUCCAGCAUGGCUGAGAAGAAGCCCUUGGGAGGACAGCAGCUGCUGCUGUUGCUGAUCAUUGCUGUUGCCUUCACACACUUAGCGGUUUGCCCAUUUACGAAAGUAGAGGAGAGUUUUAAUCUGCAGGCCAUCCACGACAUUGUGUACCACAAGCUGGACUUGGAGAAGUACGAUCAUCAUGAAUUUCCUGGAGUUGUCCCGAGAACGUUCCUUGGUCCAAUUUUUGUGGCUGUGCUUUCUGGCCCAGCCAUAUAUGUGCUGUCUCUGUUGAAAAUGUCUAAGUUUUACUCCCAGCUGAUAGUCCGAGGAAGCCUGGGUUUGAGCGUGAUUUACGCCUUGUGGCGGUUGCACAAAGAAGUGAGGAAGCAGUUUGGUUCAACCGUGUCCGUGAUUUUCUGUCUGAUAACUGCUACUCAGUUCCACCUGAUGUUUUACUGCACCCGAACUCUCCCCAAUGUGUUUGCACUUCCUGUUGUUCUACUAGCGGUUACAUCUUGGAUACAGCAAAAGCAUCGCCCGUUUAUCUGGUUCUCAGCUUUGGCAAUUAUCGUCUUCAGAUCAGAGCUUUGUCUAUUCCUGGGUCUUAUGCUUCUGGUGACCCUGUUUAAUAAAAGACUCUCCAUUGUGAAAAUGCUUUCCUAUGCUGUUCCUGCAGGAACUUUUUGGUUAGGACUCACAGUGGCCUUGGACUCUGUGUUUUGGAGGCAGCUUCUGUGGCCUGAGGGAAAAGUACUUUGGUAUAACACAGUUUUGAAUAAAAGUUCCAACUGGGGAACCUCUCCUUUCUUGUGGUAUUUUUAUUCAGCCUUGCCUCGUGCUCUGGGAUGCAGUAUUAUAUUUAUACCAUUAGGUGCAGUGGACAAAAGGACCCGGACAUUAAUUCUACCUACACUUGGUUUUAUUUUCUUGUAUUCAUUUCUUCCACACAAAGAGCUGCGGUUUAUCAUAUACACUUUUCCAGUCUUCAACAUAGUGGCUGCCAAAGGCUGCUCACGAAUUCUAAACAAUUACAAGAAAUCGUGGCUGUAUAAGUUAGGAUCCCUAUUCGUUGUAGCACAUCUUCUAGUGAAUGCUGCUUAUGCAGGAGCAUCGCUCUACGUUUCACAUUUCAAUUAUCCCGGAGGAGUUGCCAUGCAGAAACUGCACCAGUUAGUACCUUCAACAUCAGAUGUCUCAGUCCAUAUUGAUGGGGCUGCAGCACAGACUGGAGUUUCUCGGUUUUUGGAAGUCAAUUCGGAUUGGAGGUAUGACAAAAGGGAAGACCUUAAACCAGGUGACCCACUGAUGUUCUCCUACACACAUGUACUUAUGGAGAUGGACCCUGUUCAAGUAUCACAUUACAAGACAACCCACAGAGUACUGGCACAUAUACCUGGCACCAGUGGGGUCGUAUUGAAUUUUUCAGCACUACCUCCCAUUUCCUUAAACUUGAAAUCUAAACUAGUAUUAUUGGAAAAACUUCCUACUUCUGGAACAUAAAUUUGAAUAAGCUUUGAAUACAUUUGCCGGUGAAAUUCUGUUGCACUAAUUCAAAACCAUCAUGCAAUGUGUGUAAUUGAUCAUGAGAACCUUCCAUGAUUCCACUAAUUUCUCUUCCUUAUGUGAGUGGGUUGGAUAUGUACACAUUUCUAUUUAGUGCCAGCUGUAUAUACUUUUCAUGCAAUUGCUCUGUUCAAAAAUUGUAAUGUAGAAAGUUCUGUGUCAUGUGUUUCAUAAAGAUGUGAUGUACAGUUUAACAUUACCUAGUAAUAUACAUCUAAUGGAUUUGUAUUGUUUUUAUGUAAUUCUGUAUGUGUGUGUGUGUGUGUGUGAAGGGUAUUUUAAUAUUUCCCCUUCACUAACUGCUAAGUACUAUUUUUGUUAUUUAGGACCAUAAUAUCUAAAUCUAUUCUGGGAUGAUUCAGACAAACUUACUGACUAUACACUGAGGUAGAGCAGGAUUACAGCUGCCUGCCAAGAGAACCUGUUUUUCUGGAUGUAAACUUGCAGGUGUCACAUUUGAAUAGCAUCUACAUCUGAAAAAUCCAGCAUGCAUAGAGCCAAGCUGUACAAUUUAACAUCUCCUACAUAAUCUGGGAAUUGACUGCAUGAUUUGUGUCUGUAUCUCUUGGAUUGUAUGCACAUGUGUGUGGGUACAGUUACUCACACACAUCCUAUGGCAAGAUUUCUGAAUUAGGUUCCCUGUCUUUAUAGAAUGACAAUUGUGGGGAAAUCAAGUUGAAGGUAUUAA